GUAAUGGCAAGACGGAGCACAGCCUGAUGAACUUUUUGAAGAGACAAGGGCCGAAUGCGAAGUACAUUCUGACGGUUUGCACUGGGUCGUGGAUCCUGUCUAGCACGGGGCUCCUGGAUGGGAAACGCGCCACGUCGAACAAAGAAAUGUUCAAUGUGAUCGAGGAGGAUACCAAGGACCUUCCCAUAACCUGGAUCCCCAAAGCUCGAUGGGUCGCCACAGAAGACAAGAAAAUCUGGUCGAGUUCAGGUAUCACCGCUGGAAUGGAUCUGGCGUACGCGUUUCUGGAGUAUCUCACUGGCAAAGGACCCGCGGAUGCUGCUGCAGGGUUCUUGGAGAUGAUGGUAAACGGGGAGGGGGAUGAUCCGUUUGCGGCCAAGUAUGGGUUAGUCUGAGUUAUAGCUCGUUAGUCUGUCACCGUUUGCUACAAAAAUGUAACUCACUUUCUGCCUAUUAUUCAUCGUACUCCAGAGG